AUGGACACUCCGACCCGUCCCCGAGCCGAUCUGGGCUCCAUCAACCUGCUCAAGGGCUCAAUUCGCAACUCGAUCCGAAAGAACGCCGACAAGAGUGCAAACAAGGAGAACCGACCGGUGGAUGUCGACACAAAGUCGCACGAACACAAGCAGUACGAACACAAGCAGUACGAAAUCAGCUCACCCAGAGCCGACAUACAAACGGUCAAGACUUCGGUGGACGUAAACAGCCCCUCCGUGAUGGCCACGUUCGAUUCCAAUGGCCAGCGAAUCUUCCAAUAUGGACGUCCUGCCAGUCCCACAAAACAGCUGCGAAAGUCGCGAUCGAAUGCCUCCAUUUCUGGACCAGCAGCAGCCGACUCGUCAUUCAGCAUGCCUUCACCCCAAAUCGCACACUUGUCGCCCAAGUUCAAGCGAGAAAACGACUCGUGGAGCACCCCCAGAAUCCAGGCCAACAACCGAACCAAAAGACCCCCUAGCACACCGCUGACUCCCGGACAGUUCCAGCAAAACGUGCGACGUGUCAAACUGGGCACACCCGCUACAGUGAGCACAUGCAACCUCUUUUACCCUCCUUCUCAUGGACUGGCUGAUGAUGGAGAUGACGAAGACGACAAGGAAGACUCGGAAAACCACACGGCCCCUUUCCCAACGAUACCCGCUUUCAGCAUUGACACACCGGUCAUUUGCAAGCCCCUGCCUUCAUUCAACCCCAACUGGGACUCUCCUGAUUGCCAUCUCAGUGACUCUACGCCCAUGGGAACCCCCGACACGGUGCUGAAGAUGAGACAAUACAUCACCAAGCUCAAGAGCAAGCCGCGCUUUGUGUCUUUGGCUGACGAAGAUGCUGCGAAUGUGUCUCUGUCGCAGUCGCAGGACACGUCCCAGGACUCUUCUUUCGGUCCUGUUUCUCCUGUCAAGUCUCGAAAGCAGCCUCUCAUUGAUCUUGCGGAUCUCGAGUCGCAGCUUGUGACCCAGAGAUACGAUCUGGAGAUUGAACAGAUGACCGACGUGUUGGAUUUUAUGAAGCUUGAGGCCAAACUGAAGGUGUAG